GCAGGCUGACUUGUUGAUAACUCAUUUGGAAUCAUGGCAGAAUUCAGUUUCAACGUGGACCAUGGUUAUCUGGAGGGUCUGGUUCGAGGGAUGAAGGCUGGGAUCCUGACUCAGACUGAUUAUAACAACCUGGCCCAGUGUGAUACGCUCGACGACAUGAAGCUACACCUGCAGAGUACAGACUACGGGAAGUUGUUGUCCUCGUCUGAUGAAAACCUGACAGUGUCUCUGGUGGACAACAAGCUGAGGGAGAACCUGGUGACUGAGUUCAGCUGCCUGCGCUCCAACGCCCUGCCGUUUCUCGCCACCUUCCUCGACUAUAUAACUUACAGCUACAUGAUCGACAACGUGGUGAUGCUGAUCACCGGAGCCCUGAAACAGAGAGACGUGUCCGAGCUCCUCCCGCGCUGUCACCCACUGGGGGCCUUCGAACAAAUGGCAGCAGUGGGCAUCGCCCGAACCCCGACUGAGCUCUACACAGCCAUUCUGGUGGACACACCACUAGCUCAGUUUUUCCAGGAUGCCGUAUCUGAGUCCAACCUGGAUGAAAUGGAGGCUGAGAUCCUGAGAAACAAACUGUAUAAGGCGUAUUUAGAGUCUUUCCACUCACUCUGCAAAGCGAUAGGCGGAGCCACGAAGGAAACAAUGUGUCCUGUCCUGGAGUUUGAGGCAGACAGGCGGGCCUUCAUCAUCACAGUGAACUCUUUCGGGACAGAUCUGAGUGGCGCUGACAGGAGCGCUCUGUAUCCGUCUUGUGGCAAACUUCACCCUGAGGGGCUGCAGCUGCUGGCCAAGGCGGAACACCACGAGCACGUCAAAGCUGUGGCCGACUGUUACCCUGACUAUAAAAUCAUUUUUGAUGACCCUGUGCCAGGAUCAGAUUUUAAGACUCUGGAGGACAGAUUCUUAGAACGAGAGGUUAAACUGAACACACUUGCGUUCCUGCAGCAGUUCCACUUUGGAGUGUUUUACGCCUACAUCAGACUGAAGGAGCAGGAGAGUCGCAACAUCGUCUGGAUUGCCGAGUGUGUCACCCAGAGACAGAAGUCCAAGAUACACAACUACAUACCCAUCUUCCAGGACACAAAUUAAACUGAGCGACAGAAACAAAUAAAAACAUGUAUUUAACAUACAGCGCAUAGUAUAAAGAAUUAA